AUGAUUUUCUUUCAAUGUCUAUAUUUCUAUAAGUCUAUUAUAAUUACCGUAUUAUUGUAUUUUCAUGUUAUCAAACUGAUACUAGGAAGUUAUGUUGGGCCUUCAGAAGGCCUAGAAAUCCCUCAGCCUCGCCUUUAUGCAGCUACAUUCACAUAUAGCAACAAACUCUAUAUAUACGGGGGUAUGGUAGCCGGACAGCAAAUAUUAAACGUUUUUACUUCGGUAUCCAUGUCAACUGAAGAUGGCUCGGGCGGACAGCUAGUCUACGAAAAAGUUCCUCAGAAUAUAUCUGGCCCGUGGUGCUCAUAUUCUCAGGCUGUUAUUCUCGGAGACAACCGCACGGCUAUGCUUUUUACAGGAUUUGAAAAUGAUAAUGAAAAAACACAGAAACGUGCAUCCUGGAAAGAGGUUAAUGCAAUAAACAUUACUGCUUUGCGGGAAGGACGCGUCUAUUUUACGGCAACAUUGGCUCCUAAUGGAUAUGUGUAUAUAUAUGGCGGAUUAAACCCAAUUAUUAUGACUAUUUUGAAUGACUUUUUGUCGUUUAAUCCACGUACUUUUAAAUUCGAGACUCUCACUAAACCGAACCAAAGGUUCUUGUAUGGACAUACUGCUACAGCACUACCAAAUGGGCAGAUUGUUUUUAUUUCUAGAGCGACUUCAAAACAUCCGAGGAACUAUAUGUAUUCCCAAAGUUCCAGGGAACUUUAUACAUAUGCCCAAAGUCCCCGAGAACUCAUUAUAUAUGAUAUAAAUACAGAUGAAUGGACGCAUAUUAACGCAACAGGGGAGGCACCAGAAGGUCACAUGGAAGCCAGUGCAGUAUUAGUACCUUAUAUUUGCCGAUUGUUAAUAUACCACAUUGACAUAGGAAACAAUGUGGGAAGUAAUGUAGAUAUUAAGUAUUUCAAGGAUAUCUUUUUGCUGCAUACAGCUUCUUGGAUAUGGUCAAAGCCAACAAUAGGUGGAAUAUAUCCAGGUGCUCGUACAUCUCUAUCAAUGGAAUUUCUCGACACAAAUAUAUUAGCAGUCGAAUAUCGAGGUUCAUUAUCAUUUCCAUAUAAAGAUAUGAAUAUUCUUUGUAUCGAUAAUCAAAGCACACCUGAAUAUUCUUGGCUGAGCGGACCAGAUGAAUUCUUAGAAUUGAAUAAUAUAGAACUACCUCAGUAUAAAAUGAAAGGAGCCGUGGUUGCAGGAAUAAUUAUCGCUAUAGUAUUUGCUAUUAUCUUGGGAUUCUUUGCCUGGAAAACCUAUGAAGAUAUAUAUUACAUGCAACAUUUAAUUGGAAGCUUUAUUUGGGAUCGAAGAGAUGGAGAGCCUAUGUGGACUGAACUAUCUCGUCUUAUAAUCCAAUGUAUCCUUAUCUUCCUAUUCUUGGCAUAUUUGGUAUUCUCCGUUCGACAGGCUCUUGAUAGUCCAACAACAAGUAUCACUAUAAUUGAAAAAGUAUUAUCCGUGGCAGUUCCAGACAUGAGAUUUUGCUUUGAAGGCAAUAUAAUUAAGAGUCAAGCUUCGCAAUUUACAUUUAACGGAAGUCCACAGGAGGAUACUACCAUUCGCAUCACUCAAUACGCUCCUGGGAUGGAUCCUAAUGUAAAAGUCUAUAGCCUCGACACAAGCGACGUACCACUGAUUAUGUCAGAUCAGGCUGUCAAUGAAUGGGCUAUGCGGGAUAUUGAGGGAAAGAAUGAUCCAAACACAUUCACUAUGUACGCAAAUGAUGCUCUGGUCAUACAAUACCAGAUCAAAGACCACCAGUAUCUGACAGACAGCGGCAGGAAUAAAAUAGGAAUCCUGUCUAGUUAUAACCACACACCCGAAAUUAGCUAUUCGUAUGUUAAAAACAACUUUACCGUCAUAAACAGCCAAUUUGGGACUUAUUUUGGAGGAUCGUUUGGCUCUGCCACCAUAUAUCCGAUCGAAUAUGCAAAUGUAGUGGAGCAAGACCAGAAGAUCUACACAAUAGUCAAUUCUCUUGGUUCCGUUUGUGGUAUCCUCAGUAUUAUGUUUGGCAUACAAGCGUGGCUAUUUGGUUUCAGGCCGAAAUCUCCUUGGGGUGUUGUUCAAAGCUGGUCUUGGGGAUCUAUGAAGCGUUCGCUAAGCAGAAAGCUCCAAACAAAGUUUGACACGUUGAAUACACCGGUUCCUUUUGUAAGCCCCAUUAACGCCCGAUUUUCUGGCACAAACAAAGCAUCAGAUAGGCAAUCUGACAAAAGCAAAACCAUGCUACUGGAGGAUCAGAAAGAUGAAGAGCUUGAUGGUUUACGAGAUCGUCUGAAUAAUGGAAAGGCGCGCGCAGCUGACUGA